AUGGAGGAAUCUUCGCAAGCUCAAUCCACCAAUCUGCCUCAUGGGCAGGGCAACCAAGGAGGUCAACUUCUUCAAGUCGACGAGGAAGUCAACCAUCCCUGCCUGAAUCAUGGGGGUCGCCAACGUGAUUGGGAGGUGGACCAAGCAAACUCUACGCCUUUGACUACCGAGAUCGAGCAAACUGCUCCCCAAAAGACAUUCUCAACGCCUUCAUUCACACAUUUCAAAGGGGAUUCCGAUCCUGAGAGCCAUCUAAAGCACUUCAAAAGUAUCAUGAUCUUCUACAAGGCUAAUGACGUGCUGAUGUGCAAGGUGUUUGCAAUGACUUUGCUAGGAGUAGCCCAAGACUGGCUCCACACCCUGCCAUCUGGGUCAAUCAGCAGCUUCGAGGAGCUAGUUUACGUCUUCAACAAAGAAUACACUUUUUACAGGACAAUCAAGAAGAACCCUGAUCACCUGUUCAACCUGCAAAAGAAGCAUGAUGAAUCCCUCCGGGAUUACAUCAAGAGGUUCAAAGCAGAACGGCAAACAUCAUUGGAUGUGACGACUAAAUCGCGUCAUCGGCCUUCAAGAGGGGCUUGCCAAUUGAGUGACGAUGAUCGGACCGCAGCAAAGAAAGCUGCCAAGCAAGCUGAUCAACCGGUUAAGCAGGCAAGCCAAAGAAACGACAUGAUAAAAGACAAGGAUAGAGGCAAGCGCGGAUUACAGCCUCAGAGAGGUGCUCUAAUAGCCGACAACCAUACCAUGUCCACUGUCCCAAUACACCAGAUCUUAGCCCAAGUAAAGAACAAGCAUUGGUUGAAGAAACCAUCACCUUUGAAGGGAAACCCAGCUAAGAAGGAUACCAGUAGAUACUGCGAAUUCCAUGAAGGGCACAAUCAUUACACAAAUGACGGCUUCGCCUGGAAAAAGCACCUCGAAGAAUUGAUCGGAGACUGCCAUUGCACGGAAUUCAUCGCAAAGGGGGCUAUCCAGUAA